CACACACACACACACCGGCCGGUCUCCGUCUCUGUCCCGGUUGUCCUCCUCUUCCUCCUCCACCUCCUCUUCCUCGUCCUCUCACCGGGACCCAGCCGCCCUCAGUCAUGUCGACCCGGAGCUUCUUCGUGGGAGGAAACUGGAAGAUGAACGGAAACAAGGAGACUCUGAGCGGGAUGAUGGUGAAGCUGAACACCGCUGAGCUGCACCAGCACACCGAGGUGGUGUGUGCGGCGCCCUCCAUCUACCUGGACUUCGUCCGCUCGGGUCUGGAUCCCAGGAUCGGCGUCGCAGCGCAGAACUGCUACAAAGUGUCCAAGGGGGCGUUCACAGGGGAGAUCAGCCCGGAUAUGAUAAAGGACUGUGGGGCAGACUGGGUCGUCCUGGGACACUCUGAGCGCCGCCACGUGUUCGGAGAGAGCGACGAUCUGAUUGGACAGAAGGUGGCUCACGCUCUGGAGAGCGGUCUGCGUGUGAUCGCCUGCAUCGGGGAGAAGCUGGAGGAGCGAGAGGCCGGAACCACUGAAGAGGUUGUGUACGCUCAGACACAGGUGAUCGCAGAGAAUGUGAAUGACUGGGGGAAAGUGGUGCUGGCGUAUGAACCUGUGUGGGCGAUCGGCACGGGGCAGACAGCGACACCUGAGCAGGCUCAGGAGGUCCAUGAGAAGCUGAGGGCGUGGCUUAGAGCCAACGUCUCUGACGACGUGGCCGACUCUGUUCGCAUCAUCUACGGAGGCUCGGUGACGGCAGCGAACUGCAGAGAGCUGGCGUCUCAGGGCGACGUGGACGGUUUCCUGGUGGGCGGAGCUUCUCUGAAACCAGAGUUUGUCGACAUCAUCAACGCACGUGCGUAACAGACGCAGGUUCCAUCAGGACCGAUCCCAGAAACACGUUUCCCUUCAGGUCGCCACGUGUUCACGUCCGUGUGUCUGCAGGGCGUUAGGUAAACCAGUGUCACAGCUUUCUCUUGUUUUACUGUCGUUUGUGGGAAUUUUGCAUUUAUUUUAUUUAUCAUAUUUAUAUAGAGGUUAAAUAGAAGUUUCUAGAAUUUAAACUUUAUUCUCAGUCUUGAUUUUCAGUCUUUAAAGGGACAAGGAUUGUUGAGGACAGAUCUGAUACGAAACGUCUCUAUCGGUGAAGUUUUCAGUUUCCUGCUGAUAAUUUGAGGAAAAGCUUUUGUUGUGUGUUUUUAAACAGGUUGAUUAACUGUUGUGAUGUUGUGUUACCGAUGAACGGCUCUCACUGUUCAUAACAACAAAAGCUCCGGACAGAAUUUACCGAAACACAAAAUAUAAGAAGAAGCUUUAUUAUGUAAUACUAGAAUCUGGGCUUUUAUUGUGAAGUGUUUCCCCAUAGACACAAUAGAUUAACUCUGCACGUUACUGUUGUUUGUUGAACUCUGUAUUUAUGACCAAUGUAAUAAAUAAACUAAUAAGGA